AUGGUUUUCCAGCCCAACCUGGAGGGUUAUGAGAUCCAUAAAGUGCCUCUGAGGAAGAAGGAGGGCCAGAGCCUGGGGAUCACCAUCAUCGGAUACAACUCCUUAACCCGCGAAGACGCGGUCGGGGUGUUUGUGAAGAACGUGGUUCCUGGGAGUGCCGCUGAGCAGAGCGGAAACAUCCGGAUCUAUGACAGGAUAAUAGAGCUGGACGGGGUGAGCCUGCAGGGCUUCACUAACCAGGAGGUUCUGGAGGUGAUGAAGCAGACAGGCCAGACGGUCCUCCUCACCCUGGUCAGGAAGAUAGCCUCGCCCAAACCGUCACUGGAGAGGUCCCUGGACAAAGGUGUGGAGGAGAUCUCUCUGUCUGAGCUGAAGGACAAAUGGGAGCAGUCUCUGGGGCCACAGUACGAUGUUCUGGUGGUUGAACUGGACCCUGUUAUUGAAGAUGAUGCUGAACUACAGAAUUACUCCAAGCUGCUACCCAUCCACACCAUGCGUCUGGGGGUGGAGUUGGACUCGUUUGACGGCCACCACUACAUCUCCUCUGUGGCCCCAGAAGGCCCUGUGGCCAAACACGGCCUCCUGAGACCAGAGGACGAACUACUAGAGGUAAACGCGGUGCAGCUGUACGGCAAGUCGAGGCGCGAGGCGGUGGCGUUCCUUCGUGAGGUUCCCCCUCCCUUCACCCUGGUGUGCUGCAGACACCUGACAGAGGAGAACUCAGACUACCAGCAUGACCGGGACGAUAAGUGGCGCUCGCCCAGCACUGCUGCCAGCCUCUCUGAGAUGGAAGCCAAGCUGUCUUCUGUAUGGGUUAGUCAGGCAUACCGCCGAGACCCUACUAUUGACCAGCUUCAGGACCGAGCCACCCUAAAGGAGAUCUCAGAGGAGGACCAAGCCACCCUGAAGGAGAUCUCAGAGGAGGACCAAGCCACCCUAAAGGAGAUCUCAGAGGAGGACCAAGCCACCCUGAAGGAGAUCUCAGAGGAGGACCAAGCCACCCUGAAGGAGAUCUCAGAGGAGGACCAAGCCACCCUAAAGGAGAUCUCAGAGGAGGACCAAGCCACCCUGAAGGAGAUCUCAGAGGAGGAGCAAGCCACCCUGAAGGAGAUCUCAGAGGAGGAGCAAGUGCCCACAUGGAAUGAAGAGGGAGAGCUGGCUCUGUGGUCCCCAGACAUCCAGUUGUUGGAGCUGGAGAAGAGAGAGAGAGGCCUGGGCUUCAGCAUACAAGACUACCAGGACCCUCUGGACAGGGCAGGCUCGGUCAUCGUCAUCCACUCCCUGGUGCCUGGCAGUGUGGCAGAGCGCCAUGGGUACAUGCUCCCCGGGGACCAGCUGGUGUUUGUCAACGACACCUACCUGGACACGGUGAGCCUGUCCCAGGCUGUGGAGGUGCUGAAUGCUGCCCCAUCUGGAACAGUCUACCUGGGCAUCCGCAAGCCACUGGUGGUGAAGGAGGAAGGUGGAGAUGGUACUGUGGAGAAGCUGGAGUCCAGAGCCCUCUUUGAUCAGCUCUCUCUAGGUCAGUCUGUGAAUUCCUGGGUGGAGACUGGGGACAGCGAGGCGGACUCGGACUCCAGGAACGGAAGAUCAGAACUCAUCCUCACUGACACAGACUCGGUGCAUUUGAUUGGCACAGAGAGGAGAAAGAGGAGGGGCCAGGGAGGAGGACGACACAGUGAUCUACCUGAGAGGGAGGAAGGAGAGGGAGAGGAGACCCCUGCCUUCAGUCACUGGGGACCCCCACACAGAGUGGAGGUGUGGCAGGAGGAUUGCGAGUCUCUUGGCAUCAGCAUCGUGGGCGGGCACAGCGUCAUCAAGAGACUGAAGAAUGGAGAGGAACUCAAGGGCAUCUUUAUCAAACAGGUACUGCCGGAGAGCCCAGCGGGACGCACUCGCUCCCUCAAGACUGGAGACAAGAUAGUGCAGGUAUCAGGUGUGGACCUCCAGAAUGCCAGUCAUGAGGAGGCAGUCCAGGUCAUCAAGACAGCUCCCAGUCCCGUGGUCUUCAUCGUUCAGAGCCUCUCUGCCACGCCAAGGCCUGUCUCACUAACGGCGCCCAGUUACAGAAAACACAAGGCAAAGAGCAGAGUCAUGCCGCAGAAAGCAGAAGUAGGAGGUGCCCCUCCCCCGAUGAGACUCCCCCCGCCCUACCGGCCACCCGGUCAGCUGACAGAGGACCAGGACGAAGAGCUGGAGGGAGUCAAAGGGGGGCGUAUUGGCUGACUGUUGUAUCGGUUGCCUGGCGACUGAGGGAGGGUCAGGGAUGCAACCUAACCAAUAGAACUACUAUAUUAACAUGAGAGAGUGGGGAAGGUGGCCAUCUUGACUUGUCACUGCACUGUGUGUUGUUCCCUCUCUUUUACAGCUUUUUACUCUAAUGCAGUGCAUUCAGAAAGUAUUCAGACCCCUUGUCUUUUUCCACAUUUUGUUACAUUACAUCGUUAUUCUAAAAUUGAUUAAAUUGUUUUUCCCCUCAUCAAUCUACACACAAUUCCCCAUAAUGACAAAGCAAAAACAUUAUUUUGACAUUUUUGCAAAUGUAUAAAAAAUAAUCAAAUUUACAGAAGUAUUCAGACCCUUUACUGAGUACUUUGUUGAAGCACCUUUGGCAGCCAGAUCCUCUCAAGCUCUGUCAGGUUGGGAAAGGGAGGAGGAUGCCUAGUCAGUUGUCCAACUAAAUGUAUUCAACUGAAAUGUGUCUUGGGGAGCUUUGCUGCACAGCUAUUUUCAGGUCUCUCCAGAGAUGUUCGAUCGGGUUCAUGUCCUGGCUCUAGCUGGGCCACUCAAGGACAUUCAGAGACUUGAGUGAGUGCUCUGGAGCAGAUUUUCAUCAAGGAUCUCUGUACUUUGCUCUGUUCAUCUUUGCCUUGAUCCUGAGUAGUUUCCCAGUCCCAGCAGCUGAAAAACAUCCUGACAGCAUGAUGCUGCCACCGCCGUGCGUCACUGUAGGGAUGGCGCAAGGUUUCGUUCAGAUAUUACGCUUGGCAUUCAGGCCAAAAGAGUUCAAUCUUGGUUUCAUCAGACCAGAGAAUCUUGUUUCUAAUGGUCUGAGAGUCCUUUAGAUGCCUUUUGGCAAACUCCAAGCGGGCUGUCAUGUGCCUUUUACUGAGGAGUGGCUUCUGUCUGGCAACUCCAUAAAAGCCUGAUUGGUGGAGUGCUGCAGAGAUGGUUGUUCUUCUGGAAGAUUCUGCCAUCUCUACAGAGGAACUCUGGAGCUCUGUCAGAGUGACCAUUGGGUUCUUGGUCACCUCCCUGACCAAGGCCCUUCUCCCCUGAUUGCUCAGCAUGGAUGGGCGGCCAGUUCAAGGAAGAAACAGUGGUGGUUCCAAACGUCUUCCAUUUAAGAAUGAUGGAGGCCACUGUGUUCUUGGGGACCUUCAAAGCUGCAGAAAUGUUUUGGUACCCAUCCCCAGAUCUGUGCCUCAACAAAAUCCUGUCACGGAUUGUGACUUGGGUUAUGCCCUGGCAUGCACUGUCAACUGUGAGACAGGUGUGUGCCUUUCCAAAUCAUGUUCAAUCAAAUGAAUUUACCACAGGUGGACUCCAGUCAAGUCGUAGAAAUUUCUCAAGGAUGAUCAAUGCAAACAGGAUGCACCUGAGCUCAAUUUCGAGUCUCAUAACAAAAGGUCUGAAUACUUAUUUAAACAAGGUAUUUUUGUUUUUUAUUUUGAAUACAUUUGCAACAAACCUGUUUUCACUUUCUCAUUAUAGGUUAUUGUGUGUAGAUUUCUGAGCAUGUUCUUUUUUAAAUCCAUUUUAGAAUAAGGCUG